AUGGCAUCUCCUAUUACUCCUACUGACAAUUCCGUGCAACAAAAACAUGCAGAAUCACAAGCCUUCACAACUUCAUUCCAUGAUGACGCUAUUUUCGUCUCUUCUUCAGCUCCUGAAAUCUACGGAAGUCACACAUUUGAUUUCCACAAUAACUUGGAUAUAUUAUCACUUGCUGAAAGUUUGGCAUCCGAAGCUAAAUAUUUAAUAAAUGAAGUCGAAGCUAUACAAUUACCAAAUACUGACCGUCAGUUUCAGCUGGAACUACGGAAAAUUAAUAUUCAAGAUGAUAAUUGUUUAACGUAUAAAAUGUCACUUCGUAUCGAUUCGGUCUUUUGGUUUAAACGUCAUCGUCUUCAUGGUGAUAAUGUACAGGAUUUAGAUAAUUUAUACAAAGUUGCUUCUGAUUAUGUUGAAAAAGUUAAAAAUGAAACCGAACAUUAUCCCAGAAUCUUAAAUGAACAUGAAAUAUAUCGAAUACCAGUCAGUAGUUCGAAGUGGUGUCAUAUAGAUAGAAAGGGACAAACUUGUCACCGGUACGAGUGGAACUCAUGUAAUGAUAAACAUUAUCGAUGGUGUAAUGUUGAAAACUACGGUCUUACUGGCAAGUGCACACCAAACCAUUAUAAUAAAAAUAUCAUACAUACCUCCGACAUCCGUAAAGGGGAAAUACCUGGUUAUAUAUGUCGCUAUAGCAGCCUAAAACUGAAUCGAAUCUAUGCAUUUUGUCAAUUUUAUGUAGAUCCAGACUUCUGGAUUUAUGCAGAUAGUGUAAGCAAGCCAUCAAUUUAUCCGUAUUUUAUCGUGGCUGCUCGAUAUGAUGCAACUCCAGUAAUUACAUUAAAUCCUGUAAAACACUGUAAGAAUGAAGAGUAUGUACAGACUUCUGAUGCAUGGCAAGCUGUUUUAAAAACAUUACGAUAUAUAAAAGAUCAAGUUAAAAUGGAUACACUUCCAUUAAGUCGUAUUUAUAUCAAUUUUGGCAAAUGGAUGCAACAAAAGGUAAAUGAUUCAUCAUGUCGACAUGCUCAUGCUCAUAUAAAUAUCGUUUUAACUCGACAAACAAUCGAAAAAAUUAAUGAAAUAAAUCUUUCCGAAGAUAAGCAACAUAAACAUAAAAAUUUGUUUCAAUCUCUUGUUGGAUCGAUUCUUCCACCUAAAACUCAUCGGCUUGACGAUUCACUACAACUUAUCGAACAUAUGAAUAAUCAUAUGACACCUCUAUUAAUCAAGCGAAAUCAAAAAUUAGAAAGAAGUGUUAGUAUUUUGAAAGCAGAAUUGGAAGCAUUAAAAGAAGAAAACAAAUAUUUCAGAAACUUGACUUUUGGUCCGACAUAUACUGCACAAGAAACAGAGGAUACAGCACAAGGCACUGAUGCGGAUGAUUUUGGAACAGGGGUCAACGAGAAAGAUUUUGAAACAGGGAUCAACGAGGAAGGUUCUGAAACAAGGAUUAACGAAGAUGGCUUUGUAACAGAGAUCAACAUGGAUGAUUUUGGAAUAGGGAUCAACGAGGACGAUUUACCAUAA